UUAUAUAGUAUCGCUCGCCAUGUACGACGUCGCUCUAGUCGUCGGCGCCGCCAGUAACCUCGGCUACCAAGUACUCAAGAAACUAACAGAAAACUACAAUGGAAAAAUCUACUUCACCGCAGAAGACGAGACCACAGGAUUCAACAUACUCAAAAACCUGGAAAGAGAAAACUUAGAUCUGAACUUCUUACAAAUGGAUGUCACUUACACCAAGAGUAUUAUCAAGGUCAGACAUUACAUCCAAGAUUUGGACGAGAGAAUAGACCUAAUCAUCAAUGUGACAGACUACGUGCCAGAAAAGAAGAUAUCUCACGCGGAAAUUGUUAGAAGAACGCUCAGUGUCAACUUCUAUGGAUACAUCAAUUUUGGGAAGUUAGUGUACCCCAUACUAAAUGAGAACGCUAGAGUCGUGAAUGUUUCUGGCCCCGCGGGUUUGCUAGCAACUAUAGAGAACGAUGAAAUUAGACAGAGGAUAAGUGAUUCCAAACUGACAGAAGAUGAGCUGGUUGCUAUUUUGCAAGAUUACGAACAGGCGGCUAGAAGAGGGACCGAGAAGACUGAAGGAUGGGGUAUGAGUGUCCAUUCUGUGAGCAAGGUCGCAUUAAACGCUGUCACAUUCCUACAACACAGAGAGUGGGCAGAUAGAGGAAUAGUGAUCAACUGUGUUAACCCUGGGAAUUUGAGCAGCAGAGAAGGAAGGAAAACUGCGAAGAUGUAUGAGGAAGGAGCUAAAGCGAUCCUGUAUCUGGCCUUUGAAGCACCUCUGUCGCUGAAGGGUAAUUUCGUGUGGAGCAACUAUUCUGUGAUCGAAUGGAACUCUGACCCGUAUGUGGAAGUGACGACCGUGUGAUUAAUUAGUGCUCAUUAAUAACUUUACUUACUAG